UUUUUUCUGUGUUCACGCCCUGUUUGAGGGCGGGUGAUUUUCUAGUUGACGUCUGUGAAAUGAAAUCAGCUUGUUGCUAUUUGUCUCACACAGAAUAAAAGUUUGCGUGGAGUGAUACUGAGUACGGACUAAAUCCACUUGGGUUUACAGUGAAAAUAUACCCUUUACAUUUUUCUAUACACUAAGGACUAUCUUGUGGCAGGUCUUGGCAGAUUGCCGCCGUAUGGACGAUGAGGAGGAUGAUGUGUUUGAGCCAGACUCCCACUGCUGGCGCACAGCCUUCGGGGAGAUAAAGUACGAGGACAGGGGAACCCAGACACCCAGCCCUGUCCUGCCACUGCCCAAUAAUAUGCUGCCCUGCGGGGUGGCCCAGGAGCCCAGACCACUCUUCUACGGCAACGCAGGCUUUCGAUUGCACUUCCCAGCGCAGUUUGAGCGUGUUGGAGACCAGGGGCCUCUGGGAGAGCGAGGGGGGAUGGAGCGGCUCGAUCAGCAGCCCCAGCAGCCAGCACGCAGCAUAGAGGUCUGCAUUGGACAGAAACUCCAACUCAUCGGAGACCAGUUCCACCAAGAACACCUUCAAGUGUAUCACCGAAACCAAAGGAACAUGAGGCCCUUGUGGAGGCGCCUGGCCUCGGCUCUGCUCACCCUGCUGUUUGAGCAGGAGGCCAUCGCUGGAGGGGGGAGAGCAGGGUGGAGGUGAUGAAGAGGACCAGCCCAGCACAGACUACCCCUCUCCCACAGGAACUGGACUCCUAAUGGCACUGUCAAAUCUAACACGGGUCUGUUGGGGAAAAAUAACAAAAGAGAAAAGGUCCCCGCGGGACGGAGACAACCAUUUUUUACGAGGUCGUUUUUUCCCAAGAAGAUGCCAUGUUGUUUCACGAGAUUCCUCUACUGGACAAUGUCCUUAUUUUGGUAAUUGUUUGAUGUAGUAUUUUGUACAGUACAUUAUUCCUGUUGAAUUUGUUUGCACUUCCGUAUGUGUACAUCUUGAAUGGCCUCCAUGGUCCCGGGAACGCCUUGUCAAUGUCUUCUACCACAACCCAAUGACUGUUGACAAGAACCAAGCAGAAGAAAGAAAGAUAUGGAGGGAUCUGAAGAAGGGAAAAAAGAGUGGUUCAUGGGGUUUUCUUUUCUGAAGUUUACAGGAAAUAAUUGGUCAAACUUGAUAACUUACUAAUUUCCAAAGAUGCAGUCUCUCAGAACAAAGCAUUUUUCACCUCAACUUUCUCCUCAAUGGGGUUGUGUAUACUAUUAUAUUACAUGUUGAUUAUUCUUUGCUCUUCCAGUCACUUUUAUUGUUUUGAUUUCAAUAAUUGUUGUUUUUCCCAUUGUCACCAAAAAUAAUGAAACAUCCAGUGGCUUCCGAUGUGGUAAAUGCCACUUUGUGGUGUGAUACUCCUUAGGACCCCCCCACCCCCCUUCAACAGCACACCCAACCCAAAACAUCUACCGCAGCCAUGAUACAUCAUACAACUUCCAAAGCAAAAGUGGAUCCCACGAGUUACUCAGAGAGAACACCAGAUUUUCAAUCAUAGUUUAUUUCAGUUAUCUUUUACUAAUUAAAGAGUUAUCUUUUACUAAUUUCAUAAAUCCCCAAACUGGACCCCAGUCAUUGUAAGAGAGAGUGUGCUGAUCAUUUUUGUGUCUUAAGACUACCAGGCCCUUCAAGUGGAGCUAUGUAUCCACACUGUUUGCACUAUAGUACAUCAGUCAGGAGUAGAUUAGGUUACAAAGUCAACCUCUGUCAUUUAAUGAAGGUUUUUAACUGUAUCUGAUUUGUAAUGGUAACAUUACAAUGUUUUCAAUCACAUGACCAAGUUAUAUCAUCCCAGGAAGUGACUGAAUAUGGCAUGUUAUUAUUAUAAUAAAACAUCUGAGGUACAAGUGAUGCUGGUUAAAUGAAUGCCUCAUUGAAAUUCCAAUGUUUUUUAGCCCUCCAAUCGAUGUGCUCUCUAACCCACUGUCAGAGAUGCACUUGUAUUCUGGACACCAAAACAAACAUGUGAAACAACAACAUCUUCCCUCCUCUCAGGAUUCUUGCAUGGGCUUUUAUAUAUAUUUUUUAACCUGUGGAGUGAUCUUGUAUUAGUUCUUUGUCCUCAGAUCCUGUGGUGUAACUUUUUAAUAGAAAUCACCACUGCUAAUCCAAUUGACAAGAGAACGUGUCUGAGAUUAGAAAUUAACUGGUAGUAUGCAAGACUGUAAUUACUAUUGAAAUAUUAAUCUUUUUGAAGACACUGAUGUAUUCUUGAAGAUGCUGUUUGUUGUACAUUGUAUUGCCUUUUUACUUUACUUUUUGUCCAUUUUGAAGUAGCAGUAUAUAUCAUGAGGCUGUAAUUUUAGACACAACUCCUGUUAAUACGGUUAUGUUUGGUCCUACAGUACUUUACUUUUUGUCCAUUUUGAAGGAGAAGUAUACAUUAUGAGGCUGUAAUUUCAGACACACCUCUUGGUAAUUUGGUCCUACAGUCAUCUUCUGUGUCAUCUCCUGUCUGUAUAAUCAGUGCUUUCUUUCAACCCUUAAUUUAGAAUGCUGGAGAAACAGGUAACUGC